GAGGGAUAUAGUGAGAGAGAGGGCGCAAAAGAGGUUACAAGAGAGACAGACCGAGAAAGAGAAGGCUGAAGCACAGAGGCAGUUAAUUAAGUAAAUAAAGAGUGCAAGACAGUAUAGUGGCGCAGUGCUUCUCUGUCUGCUGUAGGUGUACGAAUUCUGUUGUGUCUAUGGCGGCAGUGUGAUGCCAGGACUAUACAUUUGCUGUUUCCUCCACUUGUCUCCUUUCAGGAUUUACUCAUAAAAGGACAUUAAUGACCAUUGGACCAUAUACUUCUUCACAAUAUUGCAGGCACUAAAAGUGGACCUUUAACAAGUGCAGUGACAAUGCAGGAGCAUCUCUCAGUCCAGCACAUGGGCACCAGGAGCACAAAGUCCUCCUAGUAGUAAGGUUUGUCCUGGGCCUUGUCCGGACUACCAUGACUGACCUCCUGGCCAACCUGAGUGUUCCAUGGGGCACACAGGCGAUUGUGUGCCCCAACCUGACAGCAGCAGCCCUGGUUAGGCCGGGAUCAGGCCAGUCUUUGGCCCCCUUCUGCACCUUCUGCUGCUGUGGCCUGCUGAACCGUACCCUGGCCGUUGUGUUCAUGGUCAGUCUGGCCUUCGCCAUAGUGGUGGGCAACGUGGUCACGCUAACCGUCUUCAUGCAGACAAGACAGGUCCGCACACCACAGGGAUACCUCAAAGUCUCUCUGGCCAUAGCGGACAUGAUGGUUGGAGUACUGGUGGUUCCUUUCUCUGUCUACACUGAGAUCUCUCUGAUGGUGACCAGCUCCCCUCCUGUCUGGUACCAGGGGGCCACUGACCCCUCCAUGGGGGGUCUGGUGGGCCCCUGGCAGCCCUGCAUGCUGAUUGGUCCAGUCUUCGCUGGCUGUACGUUUGUCUCCAUCAGUACUAUUUUCCUGAUGACGGUAGAGCGCUGUGUGGCCAUCUUAUGGCCCCUCCACAAGGACCACCUGGUGACACGGAGACGCACCCUGUUUCUCAUGCUCUUCUCCUGGGCAGGCAGCUUCCUCCUGGCCCUGGCCCCCCUCAUCCUCAGCAACAACUUCACACUGGAGUACAGUGAGUGCAGCCGGAUGUGUAACUACGUCCCCCUGUGGGAUGGAAUCACGCUGCCCUCUGACGCCAGCAUCCUCCUGCUGUUCCCCGUCUUUGACUUCACGCUUCUGGGCGGCACCCUGUUAUUCAACAUCCUGUCCUUCACCAGCAUCCGCCGCUACACACGCAAACGUAAGCUCAUGUCAGAGGGGAAUGUGGGGGUCGAGGGAGGGGGAGGCGGCUGCCAACACAGACCCUCCUUCUCUGACAUCAAGGCUGCCAAGACGAUCAGCAUUCUGACGUUUGCCUUCACGGCUUCCUUCACCCCCAUCGCUGUGUUUGUGCUGGGCAACGUGGUGGGCUACACCUGGUGCAACUUCUCCUUCGUAGCCUUCUGGAUCCUGACUGGGAACAGCUGCUGUAAUGUGAUAAUAUACAGCGUGAGAGACCAGCGCUUCAGGAAGGGAGUGACUCUGCUGUUUCAGAGGGAGCACUCACCUUCCCACGGGGAGAAAGGCGGAGCUACACCCCCCCCACACACCUUGUGACUACACUCCCAACCCCACCUCCUUGAAACUAUUUUGAAAAGACAACCAGUGCCCUUUUCUUUAACUUUACUAUGGAGAGAGGGAUCUAAUCGGCAUUUAACUUCAGGUAAAAAAGAAAAAAGAAAAAAGAAAAAAGACACAAUUCUGGAAAAGGAAUUGUUUCAAUUUUUUUCACUGUGUCUAAAUAAUGAAACGUAACUGUAGUAAACCUAUGCGGUAUCUAGUAGUUGCCAGCUAUUCCCAGCAUCAUUUAAAUCAUAUGAUUCAAGCCUUCUCAUUGGACUAGGUGAGAUUUAUUUUGGGAAUAUCUUAAUAACAUGCACUUUAUCAUAGAGAUGUAAGUAAUGUAUGGUUUUCAUUUGUUUUGCGACAUGUUUUGUGACUGUCCAGAAACAUGUUAAUUUUGCACAACUUUCUCAAUAAUAGCUUUUAUUUUUGCUAUAAUAACAUUAUAUUCAUGAGGAUGGCUUAAUCAAAUGUGAGUGAAUGAAUUGUAAGAAUGUUUUGAAUCUAAAUGAAGAGAGAAACAUGUUGAUGUUUUGUAUAGUUGUGGGUAACGGAAUUGCACUGAGACUCUUUUCACUUAAAAUGUAUGCCAAACAAAAAAACAUUGAUUUCGAAGUUUAAGCAACCAUACAAUGCACAAGGACAAAAAACACAUUUACUGGAAGAACUGUGCAGAUGCAAAUUUGGAAACAGAAUUUCAGUAAAAUCUCCCUCACUUUUUUAUGUGUCCACGUUUUCCAAAAACUCUGUUAAAUAUCUGUUCCAAAUUAAGAUUCAACAAUGUUUGCAGAACAAAUUGAAUGUCAGCUAUGAUAUGACACAUUGACUUCGAAAAAAUCUAUUUUGGUUAUUGAACUACAGUAAGUGAAGUGGAUUUAUACCUGGUAACGGAAUUGCGGUAACAGAAUUUCAUCAUGGGUCCCUGAUCUGUACUACACAGAAAUGCAUAAUUAUGGAU